GACCGGCGCGAGCAUCCGACCCAGAGAAGAGACAGAGCAGCAGCUGCUCUAUCCGCACAACCUCGGAUUCGGAUGCUAUUUUUGCCUCUGAGGGAAGAAGAAAAAAAAAAUAGAGGUUUAGUGCCCGAUGAGCUGCAAAUAGAGGCAAAAGCCGCCCACACUUGUUGCCGGCCUCCUCAGGUAAGACUCCCUGUUUGCAGCCAGAAGUUCUCGGUUGGAGAGUCUGGUGCGCACAUGGCACCGAAAACGCGCACGCCGCUAUGCUGACAACCGCGCAGUAUGGAGAUACGCACUGGAUAACAACGAGCCUUGCCAACUGUAUAGGUGCAUAACUUACAAACUCUCUCAACUGAAGUUAGGAUUUAUUCCGUUUUUUUUUUUUUUUGUUUUUUUUUUUUUUCCUUUUUGACGUUUGGGGCGCAAAAAUAGCAACACACAAACAAGAAAAAGCCAUGCUGGGUUUAAACGGGAUUGUCAGCCUGCGGGCAGCUCGGAUUCAGCGCUGUGGUUCUCCUGGACUCUCAUCCCGCUCAUCUCCGUGUCGGAACCCCGGCGCCGGUUCCAGGAUUUAUUGUGCGUGCCUGCUACUCCUGCUGCUCGUGACGCCUCGGGUGGACUCGUCCUGGUGGUAUAUCAGCGCACUGGGAGCCCGAGUGAUUUGUGACAACAUCCCUGGCCUGGUGAACAAACAACGGCAACUCUGCCAGCGCCACCCUGACAUCAUGCAUGCAAUUGGCGAGGGCACCAAGGAGUGGAUCAGAGAGUGCCAGCACCAGUUCAGACACCACCGAUGGAACUGCAGCACAAUGGACCGCGACCACACUGUCUUUGGACGCGUGCUGCUCCGGAGCAGUCGGGAAGCAGCUUUCGUGUAUGCCAUCUCCUCAGCAGGGGUUGUGUACGCGCUGACUCGUGCCUGCAGCCAGGGAGAGCUGAAGACAUGCAACUGUGACCCUCACAAACGUGGAAGAGGGCAGGAUGUCAAAGGCGAGUACGACUGGGGCGGCUGUAGCGAUAACAUCAACUACGGGAUAAAGUUCGCCAAAGCCUUCAUAGAUGCCAAAGAGAAGACUGUCCGAGACGCUCGGGCGCUCAUGAACCUGCACAACAACCGCUGUGGCAGAACUGCAGUGAAGCGCUUCAUGAAGCUGGAGUGCAAAUGCCAUGGUGUGAGCGGCUCGUGCACGCUGCGGACAUGUUGGCUGGCCAUGUCAGACUUCAGGAAGACUGGUGACUACCUAAGGAGGAAAUACAACGGGGCCGUUGAGGUGACGAUGAAUCAGGACGGGACAGGUUUCACCGUAGCCAACAAAGCCUUCAGGAAGGCCACCAAAAACGACCUUGUCUACUUUGAGAACUCUCCGGAUUACUGCCUGCAAGACAAAGCAGCAGGUUCCCUGGGCACGGCUGGGCGAGUGUGCAAUAAGACAUCACGGGGCACAGACGGCUGCGAGGUCAUGUGCUGUGGGCGUGGCUACGACACCACAAGAGUCAAGCAAAUCACCAAGUGCGAGUGCAAGUUCAAAUGGUGCUGUGCAGUGGAGUGUAAGGACUGUGAGGAAGCUGUGGACAUACAUACAUGCAAGUCCUCCAAACGAGCAGAGUGGUUGGACCAGACUUGAGGACACCGACCCGUCUUACCCCUGCAAUGCAACCCCACCCUUUUCCCCCUUUGCAGGACAUCCUGUGGAACAUGGCAUUCUGGAAAAGUCUGUCCAAAAGUGCUCUGCACCUCCGCCCUCCGCUUCUCCCACCUUGUCUCAUCAUUGCAUGGCUUUUCUACCUGUCUGUGAAAGCAGUAGAAUCCACUACCCGUCAAUAUGAACUAAUACCCAUUAGCCCCCAUUUGUGAAUGUCCCUGUGACUGAACUGGUGGGAUCAGAUGAACAGUGAUACCACUUUGGCUUUUUUUUAUCACACUCAGUCCUGAUGGCCUUUGUUGUGCUUGGUUCAAUAUUUAAAAUGUUUGCUGCUUUCAUGAUGCUUUAAAGACAGAUUUCUACAUUAACUGAGCCUUCAAACAUAUCCAGUAUUAUUACAACCUCAUAUACUCACAUAAAACUUUAAUUCAGUUUUUUUUUUCCCUUAAUUUUGGGAAUUAUGCUUUUACCUACCAAACAAAACAAAAAAACACACUUGGUUGAACUUUGGAAAGUAGCUUGGUAAGUGCAAUUUGAGAAGUGGACAUCUGAGUUUGAAGUUUUGGCUGUGUGGCCAAACAGGGGUCCGGACAGAGGAAUACUGGGGGACAGAAAAUGGACACCAGAUGAAUAAAUGGACAGAUGCAUCAUUGGAACUUUGAAUGAAACUGAAGAAAACGUUUUUAAAGUGAUUUAUUUAAAUUGUAAAGUGUUGUUUCAUUUCUUAUCCGUGGAUGAGACUGCACUACAUUGGCUGACAUUGGGAGAGUAAAGAAUGCCCCCAUUACUGUGAUUAUAUGGUGAACUCUGGUUUCCAGUGUGUAAGAUGACAACCUGCUGCUGAGAGAAAGAAAAAACUAAGGCCUUGAUGGUUACUUAAGUCACACAUUAACAACAACAUUGACAGAUUUCACUUCUCUGCUCUCCAGCUUGCUUGUAUAACAUUGUGUAUAUUGCCUUAUCUAAACAGAUGUUCAUAUGAAAUAUAUGGUGUAUUAGAAUGACAAUGGUAUCUUUGUAUUUUGUUUGGACAUAUGCAUAGGUUGAAGUUUCCGACAGAUCAGGCAGAGGAAGCAGAGCAAAUUGGUGUGACCGAACAGGUUCAAUACUAACAUAACGUGAGGCUUUACUUCCAUCUCACAUGCGAUCGUUGCACCUCACAUACAUAAGCUGAUAAGACACUGGACAUGAGGACUGAUAAUACAAUGUAUAGCAUGUCAGCAACAAAGGCUGGAUCUGUGUGGAUUGGGGUGUUUGAUUAAAGGCCCAGCCUAAACCCUCCACCCCUGCUGGCCCUCUCCCACCCUUCGCUAUGUGGAAUUCCAGGUGGGUCCCAGGCUAAUGACUAGAUGACUGUAAUUACCUGGGGCUGUUGAUAGCUGGUGAUUGGACAUGGUUGUGCCACAGAGGAUCUAGUGUGGGCUCCUGCUGGGACCACAUUUAAUCAAAGACUUCUUGGCCAGCUUAUCAAAGGGAAUACUUUCCAGCAAUCUUCUCAGCCUCAG